AAGUGACCAACUGGAAGUGGCGGAAUGCGGAGUGCUGGGCGCUACGGUGUGUACGCUGAUCCAUGGUACUAGUACUGUAUCAGGAAGGGGAAAGAAAGGUGAUGAAAUGUUGAUGAGAAUCAAGGAACUUGAGAAUGGAAGCGCGCGGCUUUUUGUCCGCGGUCGAGCAUUCUAAAAGGAGAGCAUGCAGCGGUGGUUACUGGCCCUAGACGAACCUGCAUCUAACCCAUGCGGUAACACCAUCAUCAACCACGAACCAUCGGGGUGCGAAUUCAUAAAGGGGAUGCUGGAACGCGAGAAAUUUUGUUCCAGUGCCGCAAUCGCAACGGCCUUGGCAGUUUCUGGUGAAAACCAAACUAACCCUGAUAGUGAGGGUACCAAGUUGUCUUUACACCUGCCGAAUGAGCGGUACACAUGCAAUCCUGAUAAUCUGUACGCUGUACCGCGAAUCGACUUACACGAAAUAGAAUGGAUAGAAGCUGACUCGAUAGAGGCUGAUGUCUCAAGAUUCGUAACAGGUUCAUCGACAGCAACAACGACAACCACGCGAAAUAAUCAAAGAAGAUGUUGUCGAACUUCGACCAGUUCUGGCUAUUCCAGCCAUUCUCCACCAUUAUCAGCUGGUUCUUAUUCUUGUUACGCAUCAGCAGUCCCUGGUCAGAGUUUUUUUCGAAGUGUACCUUUGACAAUAAAGGAUCAAUUUAGCGGUGGACUCCCUGUAAUUCACGAAAGCGAUGCAAUCCCACGUCCUAUUUGGCCAACUGUGUUUCCGAGUCCACGCGAACUUUAUCAUAGCGAUGAAAGUCCCGAAUACGAUACUUUGUACGCGUGCUGCGGAUGCGGUUGCGCAUACUCCUAUUCGUACUGUGAUUGGGAUUAUGAAAAAUCUGCAGGCACAUCAGCACACGACGUCCUCCUUGAAUUAUCUCGAACAUUGAAUUCUGUGAUAGAAGGUAAAAACGCUAUGACACCAGAAGAGAUUUUACACAAUAUCUCAUAUAAGGUUGCCCAAGGAAUUGGAUUGAAAGGGGGACUCUACGAGUAUGUUUAUCAUAAUUCCUCUUUCUCACCAAGCAAACGAUCACUCUUAAGCGAGAAAAAUUCGUGUCUGUUGAGCUGUAGUAAAAAUUCAUCAUCGAAAGUCAAUCCAGUAAACUCGAAACUCUACAAUAAUACUCGACAUUUUUAUUUACAUAAUCCAGCAUGGUAUACUUGCCUAUGUACUUGUGAACAUACUCAUAAAUUUCAAUCGUCCUCGAAGAGUGAUGAACAGACCGAAACAAGCGAUGAAUUAGAAAAGAAAGAAAGUCCACCUGUUGUACUUUUGGUGGACGAUCAUUAUCAAAAUACGAAUUUGGAAUCAGCACUGCAGAACAAUAAAAGUGCAUCCGAAUUAAACAUUUGCAAAUGUUUAAACCGUUUAAAUUCUCUUGAUGGGAAGAUACAAAAUUUAUAUGCGAAUCGUUGCAUUAAGAGUGAUAUAAAAGAAAUGAUUAAUGUCAAUGAAGGGACCAAGCAGAAUCGGAAUAAAGUUAUUUCUAACGACUCAGAAUAUGCAAUGUUGGAGUGCAGUGACGGUGAUUCGUUCAACAAAGGUAUAGUCUUCACGUCCUACAAAAAUAACUGGGAUUAUCGAAUGCGAGGAUUCGCCGGAGAUUUAGAUUUCACGCUUGAUGUUUCACGAGCAGAACGCUUGGGUCGUGUGAUUGCAAAAGCAAAACGCAAGCGGCAAUGGUGCAAAGCCCUAACCGCCUUCUUCGGACUAGUCUUCUUCGUUUUAAGUGUCGUCAUUGUCUCAUUGUCUGUAACGAGAGGUCGCAAAGUAUUUGGAAGCAUGUAA